CUAUCUUUCGUUCGUUCUUUCUUUUCCACCUUCUUGUUCUUCUUCUUAACUUUCUCUCUCUUCUCUGUUCUCCGUGCCGGUGCUGUAACUGCACGCGUGUUUUCUGUUUUCGUUUGUUGUUUUUUUUUUGCUCUCAUUUGCGAAGGUGAGAACCCUAAAUUUGAGAGAGAGAGGUUUGAUUUGGCCGGAGGUGAUUCUCCGGUGAGAUUUUGCGGCGGAUCAGGGUGGGGCCGGUCACUUUUCUAGAGAGAGAAAGAAAGUGUGGUUUUGAGAGUUAGAGAGAGAGACAGUGCGAGAGUGGGGAAAAUGUAUAAGAACCAGCUGCAGGAGCUGGCACAGCGGAGCUGCUUCAACCUGCCUUCGUACACGUGCAUUCGGGAAGGUCCCGAUCACGCGCCGCGCUUCAAGGCCACCGUGAACUUUAACGGCGAGAUCUUCGAGAGUCCUCACUACUGUUCAACGCUCCGUCAGGCGGAGCACUCCGCCGCCGAGGUCGCUCUCAAUUCCCUCUCCAAUCGUGCUCCCUCUCACUCCCUCGCCGCCAGGAUCCUCGAUGAAACGGGAGUGUACAAGAACCUCUUGCAGGAAAUUGCACAGAGGGUAGGGGCGCCGUUGCCCCAGUAUUUUACAUUCAGGUCAGGGUUAGGACAUUUACCUGUUUUUACUGGCACAGUAGAGUUAGCUGGAAUCAUGUUUACUGGUGAACCUGCCAAGAAUAAGAAACAAGCGGAGAAAAAUGCAGCUAUGGCAGCUUGGUCUUCUCUAAAGCAAUUGGCAAAAGAAACUGCAAGGUCUUCAACUGAACCCGAGAACAAUGACGAACUAGAACAGAUCACUAUAGCACGGGCCUUGCUGAACUACAGACUGAAGGAAAAGAUUUCAAUGUCAAAUUCAAAUGCUCCAGUUCCAUUUCCAAAGAAGUUUCAGAUUCAAAAUCCCAGGCCAACCAGUCCUCAGCCUCCACCUGCCACCACAUCAAAGAUUCUUCCUUUAAUUUGCCAAAAGGGAGCUCAUCGAAGCAGGCAUCUAGUAGCAGCAUCUCCGGCACCAGCUUCCAGCGACAAUUCUGUGAUGCCACAACUUCCAGCUACACCAGAUAGCCGAGGAAUCCGUCGCCCUAAGUUCCCUGCAGCCGGAGCAGCACCUUAUGUUCCCAUUAGACAAAUGAGGCCUUGUCAGGGGAUGGCACCUCCAGUGACGAUAAGGACUGCAAUACCUGUAUUCUCCCCACCACCACCGCCAGCAGCAGCUGCAGUGUCCCAUCAAGUACUACGAGCUCCUCAUGUACGAGUUGCUCCUCCAGUCACUAUUCGGCAAGCUGUUCCGGUAUUUGCUGCUCCACCUCCACCAGUCCGAAAAGAUGAACCUGUUCCCAUCCCAAAAGACGAACCUGUCGCCGUCCCUAAAGACGAAUCACCAACCAUUAGUGCCCCUAGCUUGGAAGACAAACUGCCAACUAAAACUCCCGAGACAGAGACCAAGACUGAGAACAUUCCACCUGAACCUGAGACAGUGCAGAGCUUGGAGCAGCUGAAAAUCUGAUGUUUCAUUGGAGUAGAGGUCUGAAUCCAUGAGAAUGUGGUCAUGAUUUUAUGAUGAUGUGGAGUUUGCUUCUCAUGUUAUAAUGAGUGAUGUAAUGUCAUCCCUUCCUUUUGUCCUGUGAAAAUGCGACUGUUGGUGCCGGUUAUAGCAUCUGCAGUCCAAAUAUCUGUGAAAUUCAAGAGCGGCUUACCAUAUAAUUUGCCCUUUUUAAUUUUUAUGAAUGUUAGUCAUAUAUAUUAUCGUAUUAUACAUAUUCAUCAACCAUCAAUCUUAUUCCAGCAAGGCAAUUGGGGCUUUCUGUGUUUCUUUUGGGCAUCAUUUGAGAUCAGUCUGUUCUGUUGAAAUGAAAAGGUGGACACUACCCCCCUUGCUUGUUA